UGACCACAACCAUCACACGAUGCUCAUGGCAUGCAAAGUCACACGUCGAGUUCGUGAGUCACGCCACAUACUCAACCCUCCAGCCGUACGAUCCAAGCACCAGGGCCUAGCGUACAGGGACUGGGGAGAUUCCCAGACACUUCAGUCACUAAAUAUCCUUAGCCGCCGAGUCGACCAGGUGCAUUGGCUUAAUUGCACCGAAAUACAUCGCACAGCUAGAGAUGUCAACCUUUUCACUGUUUUCACACUUGCCAACGGAGCUGCGCUUACGGAUUUGGGGACUCACAGUCGAGCCCCGGACUGUUGAUGUGUCAAUUUCCGACUCCUACUUGUCCUGGAGGUAUGAUAAUCCGCUUCCGGUGACGAACACGCCCGUGCCAGCUCCGUUACAGACGUGCCGAGAAUCAAGGCGUGAAAUGCAAAAGCACUAUCAGCGCGGACUCGUUGAGCUCAGGAACAGGGACGACAUGGGGCUACGCUACGUAUGGGUUAACUUCGAAAUCGACAUUAUUUACAUCGGCAAUGGGAAUCACCUUGGCCUCUAUAAAGCAGUUGCGCCGCAGAUACAGCGGCUUCGGUUCGAGGCCGAAUAUAGCGACGAAACAUUCUAUCGCGGCAGCAUGAAAGAUCUUCAAUCUUUCACCAGUAUCAAGGAAAUCUUCAUCGUCUGUAUGGAUGGUAUGAAAGCUUGGUGGGGUGCUUUGGAAGAAAAUCAAGAAAAUUUAUGGCCGUGCGGCGAGGAGAGCAUUUGGUUUAUUGAUCCAGAUAACGGAAACAUGAUGAGAGCAUCUGAGAAUGACGCCAAUUGUUUGCACCAGUACAGGGUUCAAUGGUGGGAGAUGGGUGACGAUUACGACACUGGUCUACCCCUCAUUUUAGUACGGCUUUGCAGGCGAGCGAUGAGGCGACGAGCGGCAGCGAUUUCGAGAUAACGAGCAAUGGGGACCUUGGUAUUGGAAAGUGUGUAGACUCAUGCAGAAGAUAGAGGAAAAGAACCCCUUACUUGUGCA